AUGAACAAAGUUUUGAAAUCUCAUAAACACAACAUCUCCGAUAUAAAUGAACUUCAAGCUACAUUAGACAGUAAAGCCGACAAAAAUCAUACACAUAAAUCCUUCACUACUGUUAGAGCAGACGACAUAAUAUUGAACUAUGAUUUGGGUUCAAGUGCACCUUUAGAGAAUCCGAGUACAAGCGUAAAAGAUACUCUUAACAAUUUAGAUAAGAGUUGCAGGAAUAUCGAAGAUCAUGCCAGAAACUUUGAAGCAUAUGAACUACCAUCAAUGUUAGACAGUAAAGCCGACAAAAAUCAUACACAUAAAUCCUUCACUACUGUUAGAGCAGACGACAUAAUAUUGAACUUUGACCUUGGUUCAAGUGCACCAUUAGAAAAUCCAAGUACAAGCGUAAAAGAUACUCUUAACAAUUUAGAUAAGAGUUGCAGGAAUAUCGAAGAUCAUGCCAGAAACUUUGAAGCAUAUGAACUACCAACAAUGUUAGAUAAGAAAGCAGACAAAACAGAGCUUCAAACAUUAAAGACAGAAAUACUUCAAACAUUAUAUCCUAUAGGCUCUAUUUAUACGUCAAUGAAUUCAACAAAUCCAGAAACAGUUUUAG